CUAGGGAGGCAGGGCAAGGGGCGUCGCCUCGCAGCCCGACGUGACUAAGUGUGUUGCUGACGAGCGGCGGGCGUCCAGGUGCCCCCAGGCUUCCCAGGCCUUGGGGAUCCUCUGGCCGCCGCGGAGACCAUCGGGCCUCGGCACCUGCCCGUUAGUUGUCCCGGCUCGCCGGACCUCUGCCGGGCCCGCGGGGUACUGAGCUCUCUGACGUCAGCUCGGGCUUCCCCACCCCCAGAGCCUUCCGGGAAGGGUCCUGAGUCGUGGGAGCUGGGUCGCCGCUGCCGGGACCCCUGGAAAGAGGGGGCUCGGGGUGGGAGUGGCGCAGAACUCAGUCUCCCUCUUUGGCCCCCUUUUGCAGAUGGGGAAACUGAGGCACGGGCCGCUGGCUGGCUCUCGAGGGCUCCAGUUGGCACCGAGGGCCAGUAUCUUAUGUCCGUGCUUUGGGGCGUAUGCCUGGGCCGUUUUGGGGGCGUUUGUGGCUCCCUUCCAGGGAGAGCAGUCGGGGUUCUGGUCGCCUUAAUGGCGCGUUCUGCUUUUUCUUUCAGUUUCCUCCUUCCAGGGUGAGGAUGGUUUCGCACGACAACUCGGAGCUCCGUAGGUGAAAGGUGUGCCCUUUCGAGCCAGGCAUUUUGAUUUGCUGUCUUUUUACAGCAUGGACACCAAAUUGCUAAAAACAUGCUUUGGGACUGCCAGUGAGUUUAUCUUUUAUGAUUUUACAACAAAUUUACUAGUGGCUCCCUUUUUUGAGUUAAUGUUCUGAAGUUACUGUCACAAUGAGUUCAGGCUUAUGGAGCCAAGAAAAAGUUACUUCACCCUAUUGGGAAGAGCGGAUUUUUUAUUUGCUUCUUCAAGAAUGCAGUAUCACAGACAAACAGACACAAAAGCUCCUUAAAGUACCCAAGGGGAGUAUAGGACAGUAUAUCCAAGACCGCUCUGUGGGACAUUCAAGGAUUCCUUCUGCAAAAGGCAAGAAAAAUCAGAUUGGAUUAAAAAUCCUAGAGCAACCUCAUGCAGUUCUCUUUGUUGAUGAAAAGGAUGUUGUAGAAAUAAAUGAAAAAUUCACAGAGUUACUGUUGGCAAUUACCAACUGUGAAGAGAGGCUCAUUCUGUUUAAAAACAGAAGCCGACUAACUAAAGGCCUCCAGGUAGAUGUGGGCUGCCCUGUAAAAGUACAGUUGAGAUCCGGGGAAGAGAAAUUUCCAGGAGUUGUGCGCUUCAGAGGACCUUUACUAGCAGAGAGGACAGUGUCAGGAAUAUUCUUUGGAGUAGAAUUGCUGGAAGAAGGUCGUGGUCAAGGUUUCACUGAUGGGGUAUAUCAAGGGAAACAGCUUUUUCAGUGUGAUGAAGAUUGUGGAGUGUUUGUUGCGCUGGACAAGCUAGAAAUUAUAGAAGAUGAUGACAAUGGGCUGGAAAGUGAUUAUGCAGGUCCAGUGGACACAAUGCAGGUUGAACUUCCUCCUUUGGAAAUCAACUCCAGAGUUUCUUUGAAGGUUGGAGAAACUAUAGAAUCUGGAACAGUGAUAUUCUGUGAUGUUUUGCCAGGAAAAGAAAGCUUGGGAUAUUUUGUUGGUGUGGACAUGGAUAACCCUAUUGGCAACUGGGAUGGAAGAUUUGAUGGAGUACAGCUUUGUAGUUUUGCAAGUGUUGAGAGUACAGUUCUCUUGCAUAUCAAUGAUAUCAUCCCAGGAUCUACCUCAGACCCUGGAAAUAGAAACAGAUCUGAAUUAUUUUAUACCUUAAAUGGGUCUUCUGUUGACUCACAACCACAAUCCAAAUCAAAAAAUACAUGGUACAUUGAUGAAGUUGCAGAAGACCCUGCAAAGUCACUUACAGAACUCUCUGCCGACUUUGGACAUUCUUCACCACCACUGCAGCCACCUUCCAUGAACUCCUUAUCCAAUGAGAACAGAUUUCACUCUUUACCCUUCAGUCUGACGAAGAUGCCCAACACCAAUGGCAGUAUUGGCCACAGCCCACUUUCUCUGUCUGUUCAGUCGGUGAUGGGAGAGCUGAGCAGUGCACCUAUCCAAGAGAGCCCGUCUGUGCCCAGCUCUUCUGGUAACACACAUGGCCUAGAAGUGGGCUCACUGGCUGAAGUGAAAGAGAACCCUCCUUUCUACGGGGUGAUCCGUUGGAUUGGUCAGCCACCGGGACUUAAUGAUGUGCUAGCUGGACUGGAACUGGAGGACGAAUGCGCAGGCUGUACUGAUGGAACCUUCAGGGGCACUCGAUAUUUCACCUGUGCCCUGAAGAAGGCGCUGUUUGUGAAACUGAAAAGCUGCAGGCCUGACUCUAGGUUUGCAUCCCUGCAGCCUGUUUCCAAUCAGAUUGAACGCUGUAACUCUUUAGCAUUUGGAGGUUACUUAAGUGAAGUGGUAGAAGAAAAUACUGCACCAAAAAUGGAAAAAGAAGGUUUAGAGAUAAUGAUUGGAAAGAAGAAAGGUAUCCAAGGUCAUUACAAUUCUUGUUACUUAGACUCCACCUUAUUCUGUUUAUUUGCUUUUAGUUCUGUUCUGGACACUGUGUUACUUAGACCCAAAGAAAAGAAUGAUGUAGAAUAUUAUAGUGAAACUCAAGAGCUAUUGAGGACUGAAAUUGUUAAUCCUCUGAGAAUAUAUGGAUAUGUGUGUGCCACAAAAAUUAUGAAACUGAGGAAAAUUCUUGAAAAAGUUGAGGCUGCAUCAGGAUUUACUUCUGAAGAAAAAGAUCCUGAAGAAUUCUUAAAUAUCCUGUUUCAUCAUAUUUUAAGGGUAGAACCAUUGUUAAAAAUAAGAUCAGCAGGUCAAAAAGUACAAGAUUGUUACUUCUAUCAAAUUUUUAUGGAAAAAAACGAGAAAGUUGGAGUUCCUACAAUCCAGCAGUUAUUAGAAUGGUCUUUUAUCAAUAGUAAUCUGAAAUUUGCAGAGGCACCAUCAUGUUUGAUUAUUCAGAUGCCUCGAUUUGGAAAAGACUUUAAAUUAUUCAAAAAAAUUUUUCCUUCCCUGGAAUUAAAUAUAACAGAUUUACUUGAGGACACUCCCAGGCAGUGCCGAAUCUGUGGAGGGCUUGCAAUGUACGAGUGUAGAGAAUGCUAUGAUGAUCCAGACAUCUCAGCUGGAAAGAUCAAGCAGUUCUGUAAAACCUGCAAUGCUCAAGUCCAUCUUCAUCCCAAGAGGUUGAAUCAUAAAUAUAACCCAGUGUCACUUCCCAAAGAUUUACCUGACUGGGACUGGAGACAUAGCUGCAUCCCUUGCCAGAAGAUGGAGUUAUUUGCUGUUCUCUGCAUUGAAACAAGCCACUAUGUUGCUUUUGUGAAGUAUGGAAAGGAUGACUCUGCUUGGCUCUUCUUUGACAGCAUGGCUGAUCGGGAUGGUGGUCAGAAUGGCUUCAACAUUCCUCAAGUGACCCCCUGCCCAGAAGUGGGAGAAUACUUGAAGAUGUCUCCGGAGGACCUGCAUUCCUUGGACUCCAGAAGAAUCCAAGGCUGUGCACGCAGACUGCUUUGCGAUGCGUAUAUGUGCAUGUACCAGAGUCCAACCAUGAGCUUGUACAAGUAACUAGGCUCAUCCUUAGAGGUUCAGAGACUGAACGCAGAGUUUCAGUGUUGCGUUUUCCUCAAGCUGAUUGUUCUUUCCAGCGUCCAUUGCCGGCAAUGGGCGUCUAUGUGGUGAUGGCCCUUCAGCAAAGGAUUCCUGUGUUUCAAAACAAAUUGCUUUUGUGUUCCAGAAGUAUUUAAUAAGAAGCAUUUUGCACUCUAGAAAGUAUGUUUGUGUUGGUUUUUUAAGAAGUCUAAAUGAAGUUAUUAAUACCUGAAGCUUUAAGUUAAGUGCAUUGAUCACAUAUUUUUGGAAGCAUAAAAUUUUAAUUGUGACAGUUUAAAACCUCUUUUAGUCCAUGAGAAUGUAAAUAAAUAUUUCUUCUUUAUGGACCAAGAAUAUGAAAUCAUUUUUCCUUUGUAGCAAUGGCUGCCUUGAAGAAGAAGUUAUUUGAUUUUAUUAAGAGUCUACUUUCAGUUGUUAAAGGUGUACUGAGUUUGAUUGUUAAUUCUUCCCUAUAUAGUGCUGAUUUUCUGCAUGUCCACAAUUUGCUGAGUUUCUGUGUUUCUGAAACAGUGGUCAAAAAAUACUGAAAUUCCUUUAAUGGUGUUGUUUUCCAUUUGUUCUGGUUUUGAGAUAAUUGAGUGAUUCUGUCAUAAAAUGUCCAUUUUUGAUGUAAUUUUCUUGGAAGAUAGGUACUCAGCAAUCUUAUUAAGUCAUAGUAACCUAUCACAUAACAGGGUGGGUUUUUUUUUUUUUAAGGGGCUCAAUUAUUUUAUGAAACAGGGCUCAGUAAAUUUUAUGAAAGGAUUAAAGUGAUAAGUAAAACUAUAUAGUCUUAUACAAAUAUACAGCCCCUAAGAAGAUAAAUUUGACAUAUAGAAUAACUAAUUAACAUUUCCCUGAAGAGAAGUAUUAGAACUUUAAACCUUGUAUUUAAAAUAAAUAAGUUUAUUUAAAAUGAAAGUUUUAUUAUUUUAAAUAAGACUGAUUUUAAAUUUAACCAAUCAGGCCAUAUACUCACUAAAGUUUGGUUUCACUUGAGGUAAUGACAGGUAUGAAUCAGAUGUUGUGGGAAUAUUAACAGAAGUUUCACCCUCCUCCUAAUUAAGUCAAAAAUAGGUGUUUUCUUAAGUACUGUCCAUAGUGUGUGUAUAGACUACAGUGGAUGUUGUAGAUUAGAACCGUAAGUUAUUUACGUCAGUACUAUGGGAUGUAUGUUCUGAGUGUUAUUUUAUGGUAUUGCCUUUCUGGAUGACUUCUCAACCUUUCAGAAAGACAGAAAAGAUGUCAUAUAUAUAGCAUAUGACUUUAUAAAAUAUUUAACGUCAAAAAAAAGGUGGAAAGAGUCUUUUACAAACCCUGCAGUUAUUUUUUUGAAGGAACUUUUACCCUUUAGUUUUAUCAUUUCAUUUUGCUUGUAUGUAUUAGUUUUAUAAACCAUAUUAGGUACAAAAACUCUUUCAUCUUGUAACCUUUUUGCUUUUGCAAUGGAAAAGUACAUACAUUUUGCACAAGGUUUUAUACUACUCAGUGUGUAGGCUGGGUGGUGAUCCCUUGGCUAGAUGGGGUUAGGACCCCUGGCUAUGGGCUGGCCCUGCCUUUAUCUCCCUGGGACAAGUGAAGGCCUGGGAUGAAGGGUCUGAGCUCUCUUCUAGCUCUGGCCAUCUGGAGUUCAGUCACUGUGUAAUGAAUAUAUGCUGAGUGAAGAAAAGGAUGACAGAGCUUAUAGGCCUGACUUUAAGAGGUUUUUCUGGAGGAAUGAUCAGGAAUCUGUAUGUAGGGAAGGCUAGAUUUAACAGAGGAGAGAAGGCAGUUCUUGUAUUGCAGAAAUGAUAUAAAAUCCAAGCUGAGGGAGAUAAGCUGCCUUCUCACAUGGUAGAAAACUUAAAGCCUUUUUUGGAUGCAUACACAGUUGCAAAGCUCAGGGGUAGAGGCUCUUUUAAGUGGACAGAGCCUCAUCCAUAAGUGAUUCCCAAGGACAUAUUCUCCAAGUGGAGCUUUAUGUACUUCAGGACUACUUGGGGAGGGAGCACACAGUGAAAGGGUACCAGGACCCAGCGCUAGUGGUCAGGGAGGUCUGAGUCCUAGCCUUGUUCCUUCUUCCCUUCCCCUAUCCUGUCCCGUAAUCUCUGGAUAGUACCUUCUUGUUCCUUGCUCCCGUGAAGCCUGGUUUGUCAAGGGGGCACAAUCAGGGCUGGGCUGUGUGGCAUGGAUGGCCCAUGUGCCUGUUGUUUAUUUAAUUUUUAGUUGUACGUGUUCUUUAAUAUUUUCCUGUUGACUUUUAAAAUGUUUUCAUUAUCCUUUAUCCUUAUCAUAUCUACAUUCAAGAUGACAAUAUAGUAGAAUCAUCUUAUUUAUAACAUGGUUUAUGAUUAAUUGCUACAAAUAGAAAAUAUGAGAAGUCAUUUUCCUCCACCUCCAAAUAAGAGAGAGAGUGUGUGUGUGUGUGUGUGUGAGAGAGAGAGAGAGAGAGAAAGAAGCAAUCAUGUUAUAAUAUAGAGGCUAAACGUAUCCAGUCCUUUACUAUCAGUUUUAUAAAGGGGUCUGACUUCACCCUCCAGAGAAUGUUUCCUAAGACCAAGAUGGGGAAACACAUUGAAAACCAAGAGAAACAGUAACAAAAAUCAGUUUAAUAUAGUUGUUACAGAUUUUCUCCUUAGAAUAGUUUAGCAUUUUUAUUUUUAUUUGUCAAAUGCUAACUUAAAUGGUCAGAUCCUUCCUAUCCCUUGGAUCACAUACAGACAUUUGAGAACAAGAGAAAGACAUAGUAAUUAAUCUUAUAGCACUUGUCACCCAAAUUUCUGGUGAUUUGAAUAUGGCAUCUUCAUAGAUUCUGGAGUUACUACCCUUCUCAGCUGGAUGUUGAUAUCUACCUAGAUAGUUUUUGCAUCUGUUUCGAUGAUGAUAGACUGAAAUUAGAGUGCAAAAUACAGUAUUGGGCCAUCCCUGAGUGACCACCAAGGAUUUAUUGGACAUUUAUUAGGUGCCAGGAUUGGCACCUAAUCCAACAAUGAGAUCUCAUCUCUACUCUCAAACAACUUAAACACUUAAUUACAACAAGAGAACAUCUGUUGGUGGUUUCUUAGCUUAAGUGUGGGUGAUUGAUAGGUCUGGGGAACCCUUUAGGAGGCAAUGUGGUAUAACAGGCAAGGAAAGGACUUUCGCUUGCUCUGUAGGCUCAGAGAACAUUUUGACUACUUGGGCUUUAGUUUCUCCCUCUGUUUAAUGAGGGAGUUAGACUAUAUAAUAUUAUAGGGAAAAAGUACAAAUUCCAAGGUCCCAGGCCAUGCCUGCUGGAUCUGAUUUCAUGCUGAAGCUAGAAAAUCUGCAAGGCAGAAGUUUACCAGGUGAACCUGAAUGACCAGCCAGGUGUGAAGUCACUGGACUGACUGGAAGAUCUCAAAGGUCUCUUCUCUUUAUGUGGUAGUGGUUUACAUAAUGCUGUUGUAUUAGUCAGCCUACAUAAAUGUGAAUAAUUGGAUGUUUAUCAUAUUUAUCUGUGUUUACAUAUGAACUUAUAUAAGAAAUGCAUUUUAGAAUGUUUACCUCAACAACUAUUUCUUAGAGGUUUUAGCAGUCUUUGAGGGUAUUUGAUAUUUACCCGGACAUUUCUAUUUUAUUUCUGUAGGGGAAAUUAAGGCUCUGGAAGCCAAAAAAAGAGAAAAACAAAAUUCUCAUGCAAAGUUAAAGAAAAAAAUUAUAUCAUCUCUUACUUUAUAUUGAAACACCUAAAAUUACAUGGAAGGAUUUUUUUCUGGGAUAACAGGCGCUGUUAUCGUAAAGUGAAAUGUCCCUUGUUAAAGUAGAGAAUCUUAAGCCUGUAAUUAAAAGCAAGACCACCUUCCCUAGAUGUUGGUGAUGCUGACAACAUGUGCAGUUCUCCAUCAGUGAAAAUAAUCUUUGAAUUCCCUGAUGCAAGGGUGGGUUGUGUGGAGAAGAGGAUGUUAGCGUGGAAACUAGUGUGCAAAAGGGGGUGGAGGAGGAAAGAAGGUGAGCCCCUUACAGCAAAUGGCAGGGCCACAUGAAGGUGGGGUUUCUGCAACUGUUGGGGUUGUUCUUCCCUAAGACAAGGACUGCAGAGAAUGAGGCUACUUGUGGGAGUAGGCCUUGCUUUGUGUUUUCUUUUCAGAUUCCUUAUUGUUGGGGAAGAGGCUUAUUCUUAAUCUGGGAGCAGCUAAAGGAUUUCUCUUGAGUCAAAGCAGUGAUAGAAAGUUAACCAGCAGAGGGGCCAGGAGUGGUGGAAAAGUGAAAAGGAAAUAGAAUCCUUCCUAGUUGCAGUAAUUGGCAGCAUCUGUAGCUGGAUACCCAAGAGCUCCACUGGGCUUCCUGAUCUCUGUCUUGGCAGUGACAGGUUUGUCUCCCGUAUUUUAAAGUCUUUGUUCCUUUUCCUAACGGUUUAGGAGAGAUUGUUCUUCCAAGCAUCACAGCCCCGGUAGAAUUUCCCUGUGCUUUUAAAUCCUGCCCACUUUCCUUUUUUAUUCUAGCAGGAUUAUACUGGAGACUCAGCUGGUUUUGGUUUUAUAUUAUAAAGUGGCCUUGUACUGUGGAAUUUUAACUCUGGAAAGUCUUAGCAUCAUACCAUAGAGAUCCAUUUUUAAAAAUUCCAUGUAUUUUCCCAGGGACAUUGUGAUUAUUAGUAGGUUAAUGGAAAAGAGCAUAUUUUGUACUGUAUUUCCAUUUCUGGUAUCUGGUCCAACAUUUUCUUUUGCCUGAAGAACAUCCUGUAUUUAUGAAAACAUUAAGAACAAUACCACAUAAAGUACCCCUUACUCUCUGAUUGCUCUGACUUAGCCUUAAUUUUGUUAAACUUUUUAGAGAUGAAUGAAGUGCUGCUGUGGAAAGAAAUGUACUAUAUACUAUUUCUGUAUCAUUAAAAUGAAAUUUUUAUGGUUCCUUUUUCUUGAUUUCUUUGUGGGAAGGAUCUUGGGUUAUGGGAAAGCUGGCAUUGGGUCUCCACAACGUCAUGUUUGCAGUGGUGCUGGGAAGAUUCCUUUGGGAAAUGCUGCAUCUGGGCAUUUGUGUCUUUGUCCAGCCUCUGCCAUCAUUGCAAUUGUUUUUAGAAAACAUCACACUUCCCUGGUUCUGGGAGAUGGGCCAGGGCAUCAUGAGUCUGUGUAAUUUCUUGAUCUGUAUUGGCAUUCCCAGCUCUGAUUUUAAUAAAGGCUCACUUGCACCAGACUAUAAGCUGCUCUAACAGGAAUUGUUCCCCCUGUGCCUCAUCCUAUCACUGUAGACAUGUCCUGGAGUUAUUGUCAGGGAGCUGUGAACUCUGAUCACAAGAUUUACAAAUUAUUGUGUACUGCGAAGAGGUAUCCAGGCAAAACGUGGAUACAGGGAAAAGGUUAGGGAGAGGAGUUACAAAAGGCCAUGGUGGGCCAGGUGGAAACUUGAAGCAGAAAGAGAGCUCUUUUUGUUUCAAGGUGUUUUUCAAAGUCAUGCUAAGCCAGGUGCAGAUGGCUCACACCUAUAAUCCUUGCUACUCUGGAGGCAGAGAUUAGGAGGAUCGUGGUUUGAAG